AUGAAAAAAUGACCCCUAAACAAAAGAAGUGAUCUAAGAAUGUGAUCGAUCGCAGGUGGGUGAGUUAAUGAAUUGAAUGAAUAAAGCAAAAAAGAUGAAUUUGAUUGAAAUGAAAAUGCAUGCAGGUAUGGAUCGUAUUGGGAAGAAGUCACAGAAGACGAAAGAAGCGGCACAGAAGCUGGCUCGGAUGAUGUCUCAUCAGCUGACUACUAAUGAUAGUGACGACGAUUUGUUGUCGGAUUAUAACCCCCCUCCUACCACCUCCCAAUCCCAUGGAAGAACAACAUCUCAAAUCAUCCGCCCUAUUAUUAUGACAGCUACAGAACACCAGUCAGCUCCACGUGCGACAUCUAUUGGUCCUUCUUCUGCAGUUGACCAAAUUCUAACAGCAAACAGCCUUCCCUCAAAUACUACUAUGGGACAUGUUCAACCUGCCCGUUCCGCCCCCUCGGCUGCUCGCCCAACUUCCUUGAUGAAGCCUGUGAUUAUGGUACCCGCAACUGUUGCUUUGUCUUUAAGGCCAUCCGCUGAAGGAGAUACUCAGACCAAUAAUCUAAAGAAUAAAAGGCUGUCUCUGGAUUUGGGAGCUCUCGCUUUUAGGGAAUCUGGUUACCAGCGUUCCACUUCCAGUUCGGCUUCUACUUCUGCUCUGCAAGAUGAGAUUGAUAUGCUACAGGAAGAAAACGAGAGUUUACUCGAAAAGCUUCGCAUUGCAGAAGAAAGGUGUACAGAAGCAGAAGUGAGGGCUAGGCAGCUUGAAAAACAGGUCGCUCAUCUUGGGGAAGGUGUUUCUUUAGAAGCCAAACUUUUGAAUAGAAAGGAAGCAGCCCUGCAACAAAGGGAGGCUGCUUUGAAAGCUGCAGCACACAACACUGCUAUUAAAGGGGAAGUGAUAGAUGCUCUUCGGCAGGAAGCUGAGAAUGCCAGGGAUCAAGCGGCCUAUGUCAUGGAGAAACUUUAUGAAACUGAGCAUGAAGUUAGGUCGCUCAAAACAAUGACCCAAAGAAUGGUACUCACACAUGAAGAGAUGGAGGAGGUCGUUCUUAAGAGAUGUUGGCUUGCUCGGUAUUGGAGUUUGUGUGCUCAACAUGGUAUUCAUCCAGAAAUUGCGGGUGCAAGAUACGAGUACUGGUCAUCAUUUGCCCCUCUUCCUGUGGAAGUUGUAAUUGCUGCUGGACAGAAAGCAAAACAUCAUAAUCUGAUGGUGAACAACGAGAGAAAGAAUGUUCCAAAGGAUGCAAGUGGGGAGGGGAGUGUGGAAAGUAUGCUUUUAGUCGAAAGAGGUCUAAGGGAAAUGACCCUUCUCAAGAUAGAGGAUGCACUAGCACUUGCAAUGGCUCAGCAGCGAUGGGCGAGUAGGCGUGCUGGCAACGUUGUAGAUGAAACAAAACUACCAAUCAAGGGCCAACAUACAUGGGAACCAUAUGCCUACUGUUUUUCCACAGAGUUGAGUAAACAGGAGUCUGAUGACGUGCUGUUCAAGCAGGCUUGGCUAUUAUACUUUUGGAGAAGGGUAAAAAUUCAUGGGUUAGAACCAGAUAUUGUAGAUGAGCGCUUGCAGUUCUGGAUCAACCAAGGUCAUCCACCUACUUCUCAUGAUGCAGUUAAUGUUGAGCGUGGUCUUAUUGAGCUUCGAAAAUUGGCGAUUGAAGCUCAAUUAUGGCAAGCAUCUCGCAAGUUGGUUGACCCGGACUCUGAACAUAAAUGGCAAAUGCACAUUAAUUUCUAACAAUAUUUCUUUGUCUGUGUUGGGUUGCAAUUUUGGAGACUUUUUCAAUUGUAAUUAGUAAUUUUGGGACACUUAGUUCAUUUAGUGACUUGGACCAUUUGAGUCACAGGUCGAAUGAAAGAUUGAUGUUUGGUAGUGAAUCGGAACUUUUUUUUUUUAUCUUCA